AUGUCGUCCUGGAGGGACUGGCCGGAUACUACUUGGACACCUUCGUGGACGAGCUCUGGGCCUCAGGAUGCUUCUUCGCCACCCUCAGGUGAGUAUUGGUCUACUUCGUCUCCCUCGUCGAUCUCCAAUCCUACCUGUUGGCCUACUUCGUCCUCUCCGCCUUCCUGGGACCUUACAUGGACGAAUUGUUCACGUGGCUCAUCUUCGUCUCUUACCGCCCUGCCACAAACUCCAGCUUUGACUUCAUCGGCUGCCAGUGCUGGAAAUGAGGGAAAUGCUGAAUCUGUUGACCCAGCUUUGGUGGCUACCCCUGAACCAGAGUCCUCGGCGGUUGAUAACGAGGGAAUUACCCAACGUUUCCUCACAAUUCGACCUGGACGUGAUCGGUGGCACCACACAGACGGAUCUGUCAGAAACCGUCUCCGGGAACGCAGAGAAGCCGAGAGAUUGGCUCCUAUCUCGGAAACCGAACCACCUUUUGUAGUAGAAGGGAGCCAAGCUACCCCGCAAGGCCCUGUGAUCCAAGCGAAGACGUUCUACGGGGACGCGUUCUCAGAGAACUCUACCACCGCGGGAGAGGGAACUGACUUGGAUGCUCAAGAAAGCGACAGUGGGGCGACGUCUUCUUCGAGUACAACCCCUUCGAAUGAGAGCGUUGGCUUUUGGAGACGCGGGGAGUGGAUUGCGCGACCGCGCACUGAAGGGGAACGUCGGCAACAUCAAGGUGGCAAUGGUAUGCAGCGCUGGCUAAAACGUGAACGUCGUAUGCGGGCCUACUUUCUGGGUCAGUGGCGCCCGGCUUGGUUGGAGACCUACGUCCGGGAAAAGAAUCAACGCCUCCAAGCACAGGAACAAUUCUUUGACUUCUGGCCAGCCGUGGUCCUCUUCUUCGUCUUCUACCGAAGCGUGGUCAUCCUCGUCACCUUCAUGGUGGGAAUCUACGCCGGCAGACCCCAACACUGCUCACUGGGGGUGGACGGGACAAGGCCAGUGGGAGGAUUGGUCCUGGUCACAAAAUGCGGAGACAACCUACUCUGGUGGUCGACUUCCUCUACAACAACGACGUCGACUUUGUUCUGGUUGGUUGACUCCCCUACGUUCUCCUCCACUACUUCCACCACUGGGGUGAGUGAGCCGGUCAUUGAUGAAGGCGAGCAGGUGACGGUGGAAGCUGAGACUGUGGACGAUGGGCCUUUCCUUCCCAACUUUGGGCUUUUCCCUGAGGUUCACCCCACGCCGGUGGACCAUGGUGUUACAGUCACUGUGGGUGAAGGUGAGGAGGCUUCCUUCAUGCAACUCACCAAUGCAGAGCAACGUCGGCUUGAGGAGCGUGGUGUUCCUGCUCAGAUGAUCAGGCGAGUGGAACACCUCUUCAAUCAGCUAGAGCGGAUGCAGGACAUGGGACAAGGCCCCGAAAGCAGAUGGAGUGUUGGCUGCCUUCGACAGCGGCUCAUUGAGGGGAUGGAUGCCCUGGAAGGUCUCUAUGAAGUCAUCUCCCGUCGUCUCCUUCCUCGUGGCUAUUUACCGAUCAGGCGGGUACCUCACACUGAGCAAGAACGAUGGCGCAUGUUUAAUUGGGGACGUAAUUACAUGGAUCUCUUUGUCCAGACGUUGGAGCACCACCUACAUGUACGUCUUCAGCCCGGCGAGUCAGAAGGCUCGCCCGUCCCUGCGGCUGUGUCACCACCUAGUGCGGUGUCCCAGGCUAUUGCCAGUGAGGGAACCAUCAACUCAGUGGCUGCUAGCUCCAGUGGUCCAGGUCGUCGCCGUGCUGGCCGUCGACGUACGCGCACCUCGAGAUCGCGGAGCCCUUCGGGAACCUCAGAAUGGGUACCAACAAUGGAUAGUGAGUGGGCUCUCAAUGCAUCUGGCACCCUUGUCCAUGUUGAGCCUGCGUCCCCCUCGGGGGGUCCCUUGGGUCCUCCUCCGCCUGUACCUGUGAACGUCCCAAUCCUUCCACCAGGUGCCGAUGGUGAAUUACAGGGGAUUUGGAGAGAGCCAGAUAGCAACUCAAGUGUGGUGGAGACCUCAACGACCACGACAACACUUUACCUCUGCUCUGGCAUUACAGUACAGGAGCCAGAUUCCCCUUCAACCACUCUUUCAGUGGAAGAGUUUGAUGAGUUGAACCUGGUGCAGACAUGGUGCUCUUCUUCACCCUCCUCGACAACCACGACAACGAGUACAUCGAUGGAAGUGGGAGCUGGUACAGUGGUUCGGGAAGCUGUUGACUUUCAACUUGUACAAGGCAACAUCGGAGAUGCCGUGGAUGUUUGUCAUCGUCUAUUAGCUCGGCAAAGGAGGUUGCACAGAGAGGCCAUGCUCGUUGGAGAAGCCACAGAAGAGAUUCUUCACUGGCUGCGUACUCCUUUGACAGCAGUGUCGUUCAAUGGACGAACCAUGGCUCAGGAGAUCCCGGGAGUGAUUCAGGAGAUGGCAGCUUCGUCGUCUUCUACUGGCACAGUGGCGCUUGGUUCGGCUUUCGACGACGACUAUGGCGAGCUCACAUGGCUCGACUAUAUGAAGGAGAGGGCCAAACUGUACCACAAGGGCAUUGGUCGUCAGAAGAUGAUCGUCGAUUGCUGCUACUCCAAGCAGAUGAAGCCAUUGGAGUUACCACACCGCUCAGUGCCGAAAUGUCGGGACAACUUCGUCGCCCUGUUCUUCAAGCUCGUCGCCGUGGAAGUCGACCUCGUCCCCGUCGUCUACGACCUGAUCUUCAUGAUGCUCAACCUAUGGCACAAGAAGGAGGUCCUGGUCUUGCUCGACCUGUUCGCGAAGGCCCUGUACGAGAUCGAGGUGGUGAUCGAGAGAUUGAUGGAGGUCGCAGAGGACAAGCAAGAAGGGAAGGGUCCGUCGCUGGGAGAACGUCACUAUGCACUGAGGAAGGAGGAGAAGAGAAUGCUCGCCACGGCCACUGCCAUCAGUGAAGGACGACCCAUGGAGGACCCCACCGAGAAGGCGAAGUCGCAGGACCAGGAAGGCAAAGACACGAAGAAAGACGAAAAGAAGGCAGCUUCACUCGCCGUCGCGGGAGUCUUGGUGUGCUUGUCGCUUGCAGGCGGUGGCUUUAUUUGGUGGCGAAGGAGGAGAGCGAGAGCAGGGAAGUUCGAGAAGGGUGUGCCUCCAAAGCCCAAGAAGCCUGGCAAAAGGGGCAAGAGUGCAGAGGGGGAUAAGUCCGCAGACGACGCAGAAAAGCCAGCCCGUGGCAUCGUAGCCGGCACGAUGGCGCGGUUUCAGCGCUUUGCGAACAUGGCUUCUUUCGCGAGCUUCUCACCAUCCCGGAAGCCAAAGGAUGCAAAAGGAGACGAGGCAACAGAGCCAGCAGCGAAAGGGUCAGACGAUGAUGCAGAUGCUUCUGCCAAGGAAAAAGAGGAGGCGAAAGCCAAGACUCCGGAAGCAGGUGCCGCUGAACCUCCUUUGCCACCGCCGUCGGCUCCGGUGUUCACCGGCGACCAGGCAGCGCCGGAAAAGGAGGGCACACCGCCGGCGGCCGCCGCUGAGACCGCCGAGGAGCCAAAGGAGUACUGA